UUGCACCCUCUCCGAAAAAAGUUGUUCUCAUAGGGACUUUUAUGCUGAUGAUGUGACAUUAGGUUGCCGAAAGAAUUUAAUAUUCAUCGAGUGCUGCAUCCUGGUCGAGCUUGACAGGAUGGAGUUUAGAAGCAUGAGCUCGCGGGGCGCCGGCGGCAGCACAGUGCAUUUUCGAUCACUCGCGGCCACACAGUGUCCCUUGACAUCAAUCAGAACCUCUCAUCGAGCGAGCAUUGCAGACUCGAGCUGAUUUUCGACAAUAUCAAGUUGCAGCAAGAACGCCAUAUCACAACCUGUUCAUGACCAAAUCACCUUUUGACCAAACUCCUGGUAUGUGGCUCCGGAUGUUGUGUAUUUUACAAGUUUCAUCUCUAAUACUCAUCGCAGACGAAGAGCCACCAACUACUGAGCAUGGCUUGUCAAAUGUACCCCUGAUACGUCUGAACCAAAGCAACACCCAAGCCAGCAAAAAUUACGAUGGAGUCUCCUUUUCCCAAAUCAUCUUCAGUGGCCGGCGAAGGCGAGAUCAUAGCUCAGCUCCUGCCCAACGGCUUGUCAGGUCUCAAGGGCAUGUCUUACCAGUAUCCCCUGAAACUCAUCUCUCCGACACCGGCAGCCGACCAGAAAAGCGUUCUGGUAUUUCUGCUUUCCUACGGCGGUGGACUUGUCGGAGGCGACAGCGUCAAUCUCUCCAUCCGCACUCUACCGGGAUCAAAACUCAGCAUUGUCACACAGGGCCAUACGAAGAUUUUCAAGUCCGCGUCUCCUGACAUCGUCACGCGCCAAACGCUCAGCGUCCACAUAGAAGAUGGUUCCGGCAUCUGCCAGUUGCCAGAUCCGGUUCAGCCUUUUGAUGGAAGCGUUUACGAGCAGACUCAGAUAUUCACAGUUGCUCCCAACGCUUCUCUGUGUCUACUAGAUUGGGUGACGCAAGGCAGAACGGCACGUGGUGAGGAUUGGAGCUUUGUCAAAUGGACAGGACGCAAUGAAAUCUGGCUGGAAAAACAAAUGCCCAACCAAAAGAACCGUUUGCUGGUGCGAGACACAGUCAUCUUAGACAGAGACAGCCAAGGCCUAGUGGGGAGAUCGCUACGAGACUCUAUGCAUGGAAACGGCCUCUUUGGAACUCUGAUCUUGAGAGGGCCCCAGAUGCAAUCAUUAGGCAAUUUCUUCCUCGAAGAAUUCAGUGCUUUGCCUCGCAUUGGCGCGAGGGAUUUCAGAUCAGCCGAGGCUAAGGCGAAGGAAGAAAGCAACUUGACUGAGCAUGAGUUAUGGAGGCUCAAGCGCAUAGAGAUGGAGACGAAGGAAGGUAUCUUGUGGUCAGCUGCGAGAGUCAGAGGAUGCGUUAUUGUGAAGUUUGGAGCAAGUACAGUUGAGGCUGGCCGGCUGUGGAUUGGCAUCAUGCUGAGUCGAGAAGGCACAGUUGCAAGAGUCUAUGGAGAGCAAGCACUGAUGUGCGUAAAAUGA